GUCAGCCCCUCCGCCCCCCCCCGAGCAGUAGGACUGUGGGAGGCAGACUGCACCCACCUGCCAGCUGAGUCCUUUAGUCUCGUAUUGCUUAUGGCCAAGAAGAAAGAAGCCAUUCUUACUGGUGCAAGCGCACGGUGUUACCGUUGGCGCACUGGCUGCAGCGUGCCGUAUCCUCGUCGGAAGCCAGCCCGUCUCAUCUGGGGGUACUGGCCACGAUGCCACCUGCGACAGGAGUGAGAGCCGCCAGGGCAAGUGCUCACCGUACCGAUGCGAUCCUUGCAGCGCUUCGUCCAGUACUCGGCCCAGCAUCCAAGGCUUACCUGCUCGGCUACCUUGUCGAAGCCAUCCCAGCCAUUCUCAAACAUGUGCUGCUGUUCAUCAACUCGCACAUUCGGCGUCUUUCGAGGGAGGCCAAGCGCCUAAAUGAGGCACGCGAGCUGGAGCUCGAGUGGCAGCAGCAGAAAGAAGAGAACCAGCAGGAGGCCGGAGGCAGCGCAAGCGACAGCAGCAAACGGGCAAGGAUCGCGUCCGAAACGCAAGCAGCAAUCGCCGCGGGGAAACAGGCGACACUUGAUACUGUCAGAUCAGUCUUGCAUGACAUGCCUGUCCUGCUGCGGGCGAUCGUUCAAAAUUUAAUUUCUUCAGCGACGUCUCUACGCGGGAUGGCAGUCUGCUCGAUGCUCACCAUUGUGCUGUGGAAACUUGUAGAGGCAACUCUCAAAAAUACACUCGAGCGCUUGCAAGGAGCAGGCUCCAAGGACCAUGCAGUCAAGCAAAGCUCCAGAUCUGUCGCUAUCUGCUUUGCCGCAUCUGCCGUCGCAUCAGCCUCCUCUCUUACCCUGCUUCAAUCAGCCUCUUCAGGUUCCGGCGCUCCCUCUGAUACCGGUCGAGACGCACGGCGUUUCAUGCGCACCUCGCCAAAUAGCAGCGUAUCCAAGACGCUCAAGGGCCUAAUAGCAACACCUCUGGCACCAGGCGGGCACUUUCUCGCUCGAUUAACAACCCUGAGCCUCCCAGAAACACCUGUCACUCCACCGGAUCCUGAUAGCCAGCUGCUACAUGGCGGCUGCCCCAGCAGCCCCAUUUCCUCCUUCCGCAUGGGUUCCGGCUCGCUGCAAGAGAAAGGUGAACUAAUUGCACGCAUAAACUCCCCUGGCACCGAGGCGAACAGCAGGAGCAGGCCCAAGCGAAAGGCGACGCCCAGCCCGACGAUCGACUUCACACUUUUUGCGCUCGUCAGAGGACUGGACACUUUCGUGCGGGUCUUGUUGUUCCUGCUUGCGGGUGGCGCUGCUGCUUCUGGUGCUGACUCGCAGACAGCCGGUGUCCGAAAGAUACUGAGGGUGAGCGGGAAGGGGAAAGCCGACUCUGGGACAAAUGCGCUGCUUGCGCGCAUGUCGAGGAAAGUCGGGAACCUGGUCGUGAAUCAAGUUGAAGGGUUGAUUUUCGUGGUCUGCUGCGCCGAAAUUAUGUUCUCGUGGUUUUACUAUCCCGAACGAUUACCGCCAACUUACAAUAAAUGGAUUACGAACCUUGCCGCGAUGGACCAGCGCCUGCUGACAAUUCUGCGCUGCAGGCGAUUCAGCAAACCAUACUACUGGUGCUACGGUGACCCCAACGUAUCGCCGGCCGGCAUCGACCUAUGUUCCUCGCUGUCCGAAUCGCUUGGCCACCCAUACCAGUGGGGCGACGUCACGCGCCUGCCCUCGACGUCAGCGGAGGCAAAGCGGAUGCUCCAGGCAGCGCAUGCCAAGAACAAGCAAAUUGCAGAAACCGAGGGCAAAGAGUUCUCGAAUCUCAGUUGCGCUGAACAGGACGCCGGCUACAUCCUCGCUGGUGCCAAGGGUCCCAGAGGACGCGGCGAGAUGGGCGGCAUACCCUGUGAAAUCGUUCACUGUGGCGUUGGGGGUGCCUCUUGCUUGGCCAACGCGGGCCUACGCUGGUUCAGGGGUUGGAAGGCCAGCAUGGCGAUCUACGUCCCGGUACACUUGCUCCCACGCUUACUUUUUGGGCACAAGCUCUUCCUGCAAAAGCCUCUGGCGAGCAUCCUCAAAGUCGCACUGGGCAGCGCGCGCAGCGCCGCGUUCCUCGCCACAUUCAUCGCGCUCAGCUGGUUCCCUGUUUGCGUCGGGCGCACCCUUGUCCUACCAAAGCUUUUCCCGAACAUCUCGCACAACUUUUGGGACGGAGGCCUGGGGCCUGCCAUGGGAUCUUGGGCCUGCGGCUUCUCCGUCUUCAUCGAAGAGAAGCGCAAACGCGCUGAGAUGGCGCUGUACGUCGCCCCGAGAGCGCUGUUCGCCAUCACCGAGAGCUUGCGUCCUGGGUGGAUCAGCGACGGUCAGAAUAAGAGUGCUAGGGUCGCAGAGAGGAUCAUCUUUGGCCUCAGCGCCGGCUUGGUCAUCACUACCGCCAAGUAUCGCCCUGGCUUGCUCCGGGGUAUCCCGAGCAUCCUUGCUUGGGUCCUCAAAGAACCAGGGCAAAAGAAAGUCAGGAUCAACGCCCUGCGGGGCGGUGGUUGAAGAAAGUAGCAAACAAGACACAUCAACGGGCGAUUCCCCUUUGUUAUUUUUAGAAUCCGCGCAACUCGCAUUUGCAUUUCGUUUGAUUGUA